AUGCAGAACCCUGAUAAACUAAUUGAGGCUCCGCCAGGACCUGGAUCCCGAAUGAAUCCUCCGAUGAGGAGUUUGCUGGGCUGGAAUAGGGAUUGUGAUUGUGUGAUGCAGUCAACCUUAGGUACGGACUUAAAAUUAUCUGUUCAGAGCCUCGCCUUUCGGGCGGCCCUGACAGUUCUAACUGUUGACAAAAGUUCAAAAGCAUAUCUUCCUUUCAGCCUUUCCCUCCUAAUCCCUCCCUGGUUUCCCUCCAAAUCCUUCCCUAUUAAUGGUCAAACAGACGCUUCUUCGUUUGGGUGCCUUACUUGUUCCCUACAGCUACAGCUACAGCUACAGCUACAGCCAAGAUCAAUGGCCGCCGCAUCCUCCAAAGCCAUAACCGAUUUCUUCCAACCAAACCCAGGCCCACCCAAGCGUCAGAAACUCUCCUCUCCUCCCGAUCACCAACACCAACCACUUUCCUCUCUCACCACCCAGCAAAAAAAUCGGAUGGAAUUAAACAAAUCCCUGGCCAAAUCAAAACGCAACCUCAAAAUAUGUUCCCAAAAGAUAUUAUCCCAAUCCAAGGUUGAAGGAUCAGGAUACGUCAAACUGGAGGAACUCUUGGUGGAGGAAACAUGGCUUGAAGCCCUACCCGGAGAGCUUCAGAAGCUUUACGCAACUAACUUGUGCAAAUUUGUUGAGAAGGAGAUAUCCAAUGGCAGCGUCCCCAUAUACCCACCCCAGCAUUUGAUUUUCAAUGCCUUUAAUUCUACUCCAUUUCACAGGGUCAAAGCUGUUAUUAUUGGACAGGACCCUUAUCAUGGACCUGGUCAAGCAAUGGGGCUUUCAUUUUCAGUGCCAGAGGGAGUUAAGGUUCCCUCAAGUCUGGUGAAUAUAUUUAAGGAACUUAAGCAAGAUCUUGGCUGUUCAAUUCCAUCUCAUGGAAAUCUAGAGAAAUGGGCUGUUCAGGGUGUUCUUUUGCUUAACACUGUUCUCACAGUUAGGAAGCAGCAAGCUAAUUCUCAUGCAAAGAAAGGCUGGGAGCAAUUUACUGAUGCUAUUAUUAAGAUUAUCUCACAAAAGAAGGAAGGAGUCGUUUUCCUCCUCUGGGGGAACUCAGCUCAAGAGAAAUCCAGGUUCAUUGAUCAGACAAAGCAUCACAUUCUCAAGGCAGCACAUCCCUCUGGUUUGUCUGCAAAUAAAGGCUUCUUUGGUUGCAGGCAUUUCUCUCGCACAAACCAGCUUUUGGUGCCAAAGGGAAUUCCCCCCAUAGAUUGGCAACUUUGAUUUCAAGGGUGAUCUUUUUUUGCAGACGGUUUGUAUGCGAACUAAUCGAUAUUCUUCGACUUGAAUUUUGCUAGAACGGCAAAUGUUUUGGGGAUUUGCUGCAAAUUUGUUUGCUCAUAUUGGCAAAGACACUUUUUGUGAUGGUUUUGUGACAGUUCAGUGAUCCAUCGUCUACUGGCUUUAGGAGCCAAAUUUUGUACAUAUGUAACCAACAUUUGUGCAAUGAUAUCAUGCUCAUUGCUCUUUGCUAUACUUCAUCCUCUUUGUUUAUUGGUUACUAAUCAAUCACUUCAUAUUAGUAAUGAAUUUGACGAGAAUAAUACAUAACAUAAAAGGUUAAAGAGGUAAAAUCACUACUUAACAAAGAUAAACGGAUGAAAUAUUUGUAUUUGUUGAAUGAAAUGAACCGA